GCUGUGGCGUCACUUCCGGGCACGGAGCGCGGCCAUCGCGGCGGGUCCGGCGGCUCCAGUCGGUUCGGGUUCCUUGCGGUCGCUCCCGUCUCGUCUCGUCUCCCCGCUGUGGUCUCCCCCCUGUCUCAGCGUUCCCGGGAAGCCGCUCUGCGCAAACAGGAAUGGAUUUCCCCUGCGGAGGAUGCRAACGAGACACGGAAAUCUCCCCCGCGCGGCCUGUGGCGGGCGUGGGCCCCRGCGCUGUGAAUCCUUUCCUGAGCCUGCUGCACUCCAUCUCCUCGGGCCUGUCGGACACCGAGCUCUCCGCCAUGAAGUUCCUCUGCCGCGACAAAAUCGGGAAGCGAAAGCUUGAGGCGGUGCAGAGCGGCCGGGAGCUCUUCACUAUCCUGCUGGAGAAGCAGCAGGUUGCGAGCGACAACCUGGAGUUCCUGAGAACGCUCCUGCAGCACAUCGAGAGGAACGAUUUGGUGUCACAGCUGGUGAAAUUCGAAGAGGAAGACCCUCGUGUUCCCGAUGAUCAGCCAGAUGUGCAUGAAAAACGUCGCCUGAAGGUAGCCAGGGCUGUCAUAUGUGACAAUGUUGGGAGAGAGUGGAAGAAGGUGAUGCGAGAGCUUGGAAUGCCAGAAGUGAAACUGGACAGGAUACAGGCAGCCCAUCGAUUUGAUCUGUAUGAACAGCUCGUUCAGGCGCUUCGGGAGUGGCAGAGGUGGAAGGGGGAGGAUGCAAAGGCGGCUGACUUAAUAAAAGGCCUCCGGGGCUGCAACCUGAAUUUGGUGGCAGACCUGGUUGAAAAGAGAAUCUCGCAGCUGGACACUGAAACAGAUGAAAUUAGUACAGAAAUAUGAACAAAAAAARUCAAAGAGCCUUCUUCUCUCUGAACCAAAGUAAUUAUCACUGGUUGCUUAUUAUGCCAUUAAUUUAUGUGCCUGAAUAAGUUAAUUUGUGCUCAGAUGAAAAUUGACAUGAAAUUGGAUUCCUUUCAGGGAACACUUUGUAGUUUGAUGCUGCUUUCAAGACAUUUUAACUUCUAAAAGACCUGAACUCCGUUUUGUAGAAAUCCUCACACUUUCGUUCUGCCACCCACCUGGAAAGAUUUGCUUUGCUGCAGGCACUUUCCAGAGACAUCUCCUCUGGAAACACAUCCGUGGGACACUUUUGAGGCAAAUGGAAUUUAAAAUUUCAUGGGGAGGUUGGAAUUUUUUUUUUUGGUGGCCUUUUAUAAAUGACAUGUGAAAGGGAGAAGGAAUAAACCUCUCAGCUGGGUGCUGGCUUUUCUUUUGGAGRAGUGUAAGAGAAUAUCUUAUAUAAUUUGUCAAAUAUAUUUGCUCUCCAUGAAAAGACAUCUGUUACUUCAGACCUCAAGACGGCAGUGCAAGAGGAACAUGAAAUAUUGUGGCUCUUUCUUGGCAAAAAUAUGUGCCUGGGUUUGAAAACAAAUGUCUGCACCAAGUGCCUUCAGCAUUUUGAGGGAAGUGUACUCCUGAAACUACCCAAGAGACUGUGUGCCUUACAGAUGUUUAYAGCAGCCUCUUUCCAAAGCUGUGAAUACUUUGGGGUUACUUGCUGGGAGUCCUUCCAUGCCUUCUUGUCACAGAGGUUGCUGUGUGUGCUGGAAGGUGUAAGCCACUCACAGAGSACACAGGAUUUGUGAACAAGACCAGAUUCAGCUCUCAGCUUUCAUCUGGAACAAACUUCAGUCAGUGGCCUUCACACCUGAGCUGAGGCUGGAGAAACUGCACGACCCAGGGCAUGCAGGGCUGUAGAGGCCUCUUGGGGGAGAAUCCUCUGAAAUCAUUGUUUCUUGAAUAGUUGUAGGACUGUGUGUUCUGCAGACAUCCUCCCAAGUGCCUGACUGUGUACUGGAAGAGGCUUUAUUGCUGCUGCACUAGUGGGGCUUUCAGCUCCUCCCGAGUUGUUUUUGUGUGGUGCCAUUGCUGUGAAGGCCGGGUGUCAGCACRUAACCUGUCAUGGCUCUGCAGAAACGUUGUGACAGUGACAGUUUUCAAUGUUUGUUGCACUUGGUGCCUCUCACUCAAACAGUGACACAGGAACACUUAAUUGUAGCUAGUGGAAACUGCUCUAAAUUCAGACAUGAAGAAAAAUCAUUUAAUUCAGGGGGUUUUUCCUUCCAUAAUUCCUCUCUGCAUUCCUAGAAGUGCUCAGGACAGGCUGGAUGGGAAUGGAGCAACCUGGUCGUGGGAAGGUGUCCCUGGUUGGAACUGGAUGAUCUUUGAGAUCCCUUCCCACCCAAACCAUUCCAGGGUUGUGUGAUGAUUCUCAGUGUCUUUCCAGUUGUGGUAUAUUAAGUAUCAGUGAGUGUAUCCAAGCAAAAGGUAACCCAGGAGUUGCCACCUCUCUGCUUUUUGGGCAGGCAGAGAUCUCCAAGUUCUUAUUCCCUUUACUUGUAUCAAUUUCAAUACCAGACUCCCAGCAGGGCUCCAGCUGAAGGACCAGCUCAGUUUUGGAGGUUUUUAUUUAAUGGACACUAGUAGUAUCCAUUUUGCAGCAUCUAAAGAAAAGGAUUGCUCCAGGASUUUUUCCUUCCUGUCCUGAGCAAUCCCUGGGGGCACAGCAGAGAGGUGGAGUGAGCAGGAUAUGAGUGCUCAAACAGCUCUGAAACAGCUCCAAGUUCAAUCUCUGCUAAAGUGCUUAUCCACUUUUAAAAAAUCUUCUCAUUAAGAGGAGAUUUCUGUGAAAUAUGAAGAGUGUACUGCUUACUGCAUAUAACCAGGAUAUUUUAGGAAUCAGUUGGAAUAAGCUGUUAGUUGUAGCCAAGCACUCAUCAGCUGCAAGAAAUACUCUGCUUCAGAAGAUAAAAACCUUCAGAAGAUAAAAACCUCUUUCUUUAAGGAUUUUUACAGCCUUUUACUGCACCUGAAAGCAGUGACCGAGGCUGCAUCAAUCUGUGCAGUAGCUCAGGGCCAAUUAAGACUGCUUUUACAAGAGAUUAAAAUGUUUUUCAUAUGAGAGCAAAAUCAACUGCAACGAAGGGAACAAAAACUUUUUAUUGGGAGGAGGGCUAAAGGAAAAGAGUGCAAUUUGUAAGGGAGUGUUUUCUGAUCCAGUUGACAAUCUUUUAUUUUCAAAUUAAAUACCUUGAGCUCAAUAUACACAUUUUUAUAACUUGAACUUGGGUUUUAUAUUGUAUAAUUUUAUGUACGUUUCAUUAAAAAUAAUUUCUURAAAACCAAAAUAAAUGGGACUGUUUUGUUUGUUUGUGUGAUGGGAUUGCUGUCUGCAUAGAGAUCUCUGACUGGGAGAAGAUGGAUGUUAAGGACACUCUGAAAGGAAGGAGUGUUGGUGAAYAGGCAUUGUGCUAUCAGUGCCCUUCUUGGGACAUUAAAGGCAAGCAGCAAAGUGUUUUGUCAUUGAGUUGCUCAGAAGUGCUAAAGAGGCUCCAGUUUUCCAGCAGCAGCAGCAUAUCAAUGCUGUCACUCAGGGAGGUGUAAGGGGAAAAAAGAUUCUCUGUCAGCCCUCAGGAGCCUAAAAUUGAGUCCCAGUGUGCUUGGGAAGCUGCCU